ACGGACGGUCAUGCUCAUGUACCCUCCAGGUACCGCUAGCCCUGUGUGUGUCCCCUUGCCCUGUGCCUCGCGCAGCAUCAUGUCAAACCUCAGUCUCGGGCCUUGGGGAGGAAGGGCUCUUUCUUUUGUACGGAGCCUUGGCAGCGCCCAUUCUCUUCUCUUCUCCUCCCAUCCUCCCGCCCGGGCGAGCUGGCUGGGUUCUUGGGUCUUCCCCCCCCUUGCCCCUUGCCUCGUGGCAUCCUGUGGUCUUCUCUCUGCUCUUGUCCUGCUCCUGCUCCCACGGGCAGGUCUGGAAAGGUGGUCCGAUCUGCGCGAGUGACAUGAGUGGACUUGAGUGACAUGCCAGGGGCCCCGGUACCUCAAGUUUGGGUACAAGGCCAGAUGGACUACUCCGUAUAUAAAGCGAAGCCGACUUAUUUUUUUCUCGUCCGCCCCUCCAUCCCUCCUGCUAUGGCACACGACAAGUUGGUGCUCUCCCGGCGGCCCACGCCAGUAGAGCUCUACUCCUCGUCAAAUUCUCUGUCACCAGCCUCCCCGGCGUGCUCCCCGUCCUCUCCCACGGCCCUUCCUCGUCACAUUUUGUACCAGCACCGCAGCAAACCUCGCCCACCACUUCCUCCCUGACCCUCUCCCGCCCCCAUCCGCCGUCCAGCCUUACCUCACUCACCCAACCUUGCGCCACUACGCCGCCGCGGCGCUGCCCUAAUCUCCCCGUCCGCAUCAGUCUUGCUCUGCCGCUGCUGCCACUCCCGCUGCCGCUGCUGCCUACUUCCUAGGCUGGUCGGGUCCUCUGGACGGGUCCUCUAGACACUCUCACGCGCUUGGCCAGACCAAGGCUCCUGCCGGACCACCACCACCCCCCCCCUGGGCAAUGUAGCACGACUGCUGCAUCCUUUCUGCACCUCACUGCACAUUAUUUGCCCCUGCGAUUCACGCACCAGAUCGAUCGCCAACACUACUGCUCAGUGCGCCGGCCGACAGCAUCCUCAGGCAGCCCCCCAAUUGACUCUCACGUCGUGUCGCCUGCCGUCGACUCAUCACACCACCCGGGCGCGCCUGUUUCUUCACCGCAGGCCGCACUGGAAGGCUCAGCUCCUCCUCUCGAGGAACUGAGACUCAGCUCUGGUGCAAGCUCGUGACGCGACUUGAGAACUGUCUGAUUAACCAGCGUCCCACUGUAACGUCCUCCACCAUGUCGCUUAGAAACAAUUGAAAGACGCCAGGUCUUUUUGAGAUCUUACUUGGAUCGCGACCCCGUACAAGCCUGGGUUCUCCGAGUCCUGAGAACCGCCUUCCUCCUCGUCUCUCUGGGCCCUUCACCCCCACCACCGGCCCCAAAAAGAACAAAAGUUUUGAUUUGCACCUGGAUUCACUCGCCUCAACCAACCUACACACUCACGACAGCGGAUCACGCCAAGAUGUCCGGAGGCGGUUCAAGUAGUCGGUCCAUGGAGUCCCGGACCGGUCGCGCCAAGCAACGCUACAACUCAAAGGGUGAACGUCUCGUCGCCGGCGUUGUCCCGCUGACUGCAGACAAGAGAUAUGUCAUGAUGAUACAGUCGACCAAGCGCAAAGGGUGGGUCUUGCCAAAAGGCGGCUGGGAGACCGACGAGGAGUGCACUCAAGCCGCGGAGCGGGAGGCCUGGGAAGAGGCUGGCAUAUUGGUGCGCAUCGACUAUGACUUGGGCGACAUAGUUGAGACGAGAUCCCUGAAGAGUUCCAAGCACAAGUCUCUCUACCGCUUCUACGAGGUCACGGUCGUCAAGGAGGAGCGCGACUGGCCCGAGGUGGAGAAGCGUGAGCGAAAGUGGAUGACAUACCUCGAGGCCAAGGAGGCCCUCAAGGACCGGCCGGAAUUGCGGGAGGCCCUUGACCGCUCGACAAUGAAGCGGUAGUCACGCCUCUUCUGGAUCCACGAGACUCGCCAUCAGGAACCCAAACAUUUCCCAUCCGUACCCGACCAUUUGGUUUUGAUACUUUACCAGCACUGUACAGCCUGCAAAAGAAGCUUUUGCACCCCACAACCAAUUCCUGCGAUGUUGACGGCCUCUUGGGGGGGGCUAUGCGAUUGGCUCGCCUCGCCUGCGUUCCGUCCUGGGCCGUCAAGUCACCGGCCGUGCCUACGGCCACUCUCAACUCUUCUAAUUUCCUUUCACAGUUUCACUAGAUCGUUCAUGGUCACUAUCUUCUUGUCUAAUUGCAGGCUGCUAUACCUCCACAGUUGGAUGAUCCAGUGCUGUCUCCGAGGACAGUGCACCUGGAAGCUCGAGGUUGCGGUGCCUUAUUUUGACACCUGGUUACAGCCACGGGAAACAACAGCCUAUUUUUUUGUGCAUGCGGUCAUCGCGAAUUGGAGUUCAGGUCACGGCGCGUAAAAAGGGUGAAAAAAGGCCGAAAAGGAAGUUUUGCGCGAUAUCGCCACAAAAAAAGCCUGGGGCUGAAAAAUGUUGGGGAGCAGGUAGAACUGCUUCCUGAGCGCGCCUGCGUCUCGUUGCGGUGCUCACAUUGGAAGCGUGUCUGGAUGUUGACCAUGACACUACAUUCGUGCAGAAUGAGCGCGAACCGCAGAUGUGCUUUGAGAAGCAGACCACAGAGCGGCAUAGAAUACUAACUCAGGGAGCCCGUAGUCCAAAGACAACAUAGAUGAAUAAAAAUUCUUUGCCGAG